AUGGGACACUACUUUGGCAAGAGCAGCUUGGGGCAGCAUUUGCUGCUUCUCCUUCUUUUUCCUACAGAGAGAACAACGGAGAUUGGGCAGCUGAUCAGCUCCUACCUGGUGAAGGAUAAGAACCUGGAGGACCACACCAUUCACCUGCUCUUCUCUGCUAACCGCUGGGAACAUGUGCCACUGAUGAAAGAGAAACUGCAUAAUGGGAUCACACUUGUAGUUGACAGGUAUGCCUUUUCUGGAGUGGCCUUCACAAGUGCCAAAGAGAACUUCUGCCUGGAGUGGUGCAAACAGCCUGACAUUGGACUGCCAAAGCCAGAUCUGAUUCUGUUUCUUCAGUUAAGCCCAGAAGAAGCAGCAAAACGAGGGAACUUUGGAAGUGAACGUUAUGAGAACAGCUCCUUCCAAGAGAAAGUUCUGCAGUCCUUCAGUCGUAUGAUGACAGACAAGACAUUAAACUGGAAGGUCAUGGAUGCCUCAAAGAGCAUAGAAGACUUGCACAGAGAAAUCAAGUCCAUUGCAGAGGAAACUAUGCAGGAGGUUCAGAAUAAACCUUUAGAAGAACUUUGGAAAUAA